AUGGGACUGAGGCACUCAUCGCGGUGCCUGCUCCUGCGGAGAAAGAUGGCGGAUGCGGAGAGCUCGGAGCAGCGCCAGCAGCAUCAGCAGCAUAUUUCCAGUGUUCCCUCAUCCCAGGCCAUGCAACCUUCACCUCUACCAAAGCCAGUGACCUCCGUUCAUCAUAUUCCACACCCCCCACACACCCCACAUGUCUCUGCACUGUCCGCCUGUCCGGGACGAGGCAAAAUGGCCAAGCUACUCAACCCAGAGGAGAUGACAUCCCGGGACUACUACUUUGACUCAUAUGCCCACUUUGGAAUUCAUGAGGAAAUGCUAAAGGAUGAGGUGAGGACAUUGACUUAUAGGAACUCCAUGUACCACAAUAAACACAUCUUUAAGGAUAAGAUUGUUCUAGAUGUGGGAAGCGGAACCGGAAUCCUCUCCAUGUUUGCUGCCAAGGCAGGAGCCAAGCAUGUGUAUGGGAUUGAAUGCUCCAGUAUAUCAGAGUAUUCCGAAAAAAUCAUCAAAUCAAAUCACCUGGACAAUGUUAUCACGAUCAUUAAAGGGAAGGUGGAGGAGACUGAACUGCCCGUGGAUCAGGUGGACAUCAUCAUUUCAGAGUGGAUGGGCUACUGUCUUUUCUAUGAGUCUAUGCUCAAUACUGUCAUCUACGCCAGGGACAAAUGGCUGAAACCUGGCGGUUUCAUGUUUCCGGACAGAGCGACAUUGUAUGUGGUUGCCAUUGAGGAUCGACAGUACAAAGACUUCAAAAUCCACUGGUGGGAGAACGUCUAUGGCUUUGACAUGACAUGCAUUCGUAACGUCGCUAUGAUGGAGCCCCUGGUGGACAUAGUAGACCCUAAACAAGUCGUGACCAACUCCUGCCUUGUUAAGGAGGUGGACAUCUACACGGUGAAGCCGGAGGACCUGGCGUUCACCUCGGCCUUCUGUCUGCAGAUUCAGAGGAACGACUAUGUUCACGCUCUCAUCACGUACUUCAACAUUGAGUUCACCAAGUGUCACAAGAAGACGGGCUUUUCUACAGCCCCUGAUGCUCCCAGCACUCACUGGAAGCAAACUGUGUUUUAUCUGGAGGAUUACUUGACGGUGCGGAGAGGAGAGGAAAUCCUGGGAAGCAUCACUGUCAAGCCCAACGAGAAUAACCAGCGUGACUUGGACUUCACCUUCGAGCUGGAUUUUAAAGGGCAGCUCUGUGACGCAGCCAUCUCCCAUGACUACAAGAUGCGGUAAAACUCGUGGGGCAUCUUGAGUCGGGGCACCGUUUCCCAGGGAGAUUCGGUGGAGAGAUGGACUGUCUCUCCUCUGCCUCUGUCUGGAUGAGAGAGGCUGGCGAACCACAGGACCCCUCUGUGAUGUCAUCAGUGCGAGGCCAGCACUCAAGCAAUAGUCACCGUUCUUAAAUGCACUUGAAGAAUAGACUGUGAAAACAUCACUCUGAAUGUAACUGUAAACGAGUCUGAGAAUGUCAAAGUUUGUGUUUAUUCAACCACAUAAGAUAGAAAAGUGUAUGCCAAUGUGAAAUCGUACAAUGCCUCAUAGAACAAAGGCUUCAGUUUGGAUGCAUAAAUGAAGAGUUUAGCUUAUGUUUAAGUGCAUUUUAUUGUGUUAUAUUUAUUGGGUUAGUAUUGAGUUUACUGGGCAUGUUUUCUGCCUUUGCUUUUAUUUCAAUUCAUUCAGGCUUCACUAAGAUUAUUCUAAAGAACCUCUAAGAGCAGCUAAAUUAUAAUCAAAUACAAGAUUUGUUAUUUUAGAGUAACAUUAAUGUUGGAUUUGAGCUUGUUUAAAUGUCCAAAAUCUCACGUACAACCUGAUUGAAGCAACUGUUUACUCCUUUGUGUAAAACAAGAUGGUCACAGAGCAGUUCAGAUAAAGAAGGCACACCACGACUGUUCUUCCCUCUAUAACAUCGAAGAUUUUAGUGCUUAUUGAUGUUCAACUGAACUGAACUGCAAACGGUUUUUACUGGCCAUUUUGAAAUCUAGGUUUCAUGGUGCUAGUACUUUAGGUGGACUGAAUGAGGCUAUUGUAAUGCUAAAUAAAUGGAAAGUAACAAACAAU